AUGUCAAUAAUAUUUAGUUUUCGUUAUUAUUUCAAGGGCGAACUAGCAUGUUCCCGCAGUAGUACCGUGAGAAAUUGGGUUUAUCUGCAAGUGUUCAAACGAUCAAUCAUGAAUAACAUUACCAACAUACAUUACGGUCCGUUGCCGGCAGAUUCACCGUACGUGAAACCAUUCCGCUUCCAUUACACGCAGAACGGGAACCAAAAGUCGUGGGAUCUGUUGAAGGUGCACGAUUCCGUUUCAAUCGUCAUUUUCAACGUUACCCGGAAGAAGCUAGUUUUCGUGAAGCAAUUCCGACCUGCCGUGUACCAUGGUAUCAUCAGCAGCGAUGGCGUACAACCCGGCAACAUUGAUAUGACGAAGUAUCCGCCGGAAAUCGCCGUCACGCUGGAAUUGUGUGCGGGUAUCAUCGACAAGCCUAUAUCGAUAGUCGAGAUCGCGCGUGAGGAAAUAUUAGAAGAGUGUGGUUACGAUAUUCCAGUGGAUCGAAUCGAAGAAAUUAUUCGCUAUCGAUCGGGUGUCGGGACUUCCGGUUCGGAGCAAACGUUGUUCUACGCGGAAGUGACCGAUGCGGAUAAAGUCCCUGCGGCCGGCGGUGGCGUUGACGAUGAAAUGAUCGAUGUCGUCGAGUACGAUUUGGUGGAAGCGCGAAAGCUGACGGAAAAGGGUACGGUAAUAACUAGCCCACCAUCGUUUCUGUUCGGAUUGCUCUGGUUUUUCAUGAACCGUGCGCCAAAGAACUAA